UUCUUCAUUCCACUGAUCGAUCAAUUGCUUAUCACAAAGCACAUACCGUAAACAAACACUAACUGAGAACUUAUAAUAAAUAUUUAUAUAUACGCACGCAUCCAUGAAGACCAUCUUGUUUUGCUUCAUCUUCUUCCUCGUUGUUAGGGUGUGCAACGCAUCCGAUGACAACAAAAGAAAGCCAUACAUCGUGUACCUGGGAGAACUAUUGGCGCAUAAUUCGAUCAGUGCUGUGGAUGAGCACCAUAAUCUACUUACCCAGGCUAUUGGAGAUGAAGAAGUGGCAAGAAAAUCAAGGAUUCAUAGCUACAGCAAAAGCUUUAGUGGGUUCGUGGCAAAGUUAUUGCCCCACGAAGCACGCACUCUAUCCCGGCAAGAAAGGGUUAUUUCAGUAUUCCCUAACACGGUGAGGAAACUCCUUACCACAAGGUCAUGGGACUUCUUAGGAAUGCCGACGACGGUAAAAAGAAAUGAAGAGACUGAGAGUAAUUUGAUCGUUGGUCUUCUUGACACAGGAAUAUGGGUUGAAUCACCGAGUUUUAAUGACGCUGGGUUUGGGCCUCCUCCCGCCAAAUGGAAGGGAAAAUGUGAUACCGGAGUUAACUUCACAAAAUGCAACAACAAAGUGAUCGGAGCGAGAUACUUCAACUUGGAGGGCGGUGCUCCGGCGGACCAAGUGACCCCAGGCGACCUGGAUGGGCACGGCACUCACAUCGCAUCAAUCGCGGGAGGGCGCGUGGUGAAUGGCGCGAGCCUGUACGGCAUAGGAAAAGGGACGGCGCGCGGGGGAGUGCCGUCGGCGCGGCUGGCGAGCUACAAAGUGUGCUGGGGGCAGGGGUGCCAGGACAUGGACGUGCUGGCGGGGUUCGACAACGCCAUCGCCGACGGCGUCGACAUCAUCUCCAUCUCCGUCAGCGGAACGCCCCGCCACUUCUUCGAGGACCCCAUUGCCAUCGGAUCCUUCCACGCCAUGAAGAGAGGGAUCCUGACGUCCGCCGCCGCCGGCAACGAAGGGCCCACCCUGGGGACCGUCCAGAAUGUGGCGCCCUGGAUCCUGACGGUGGCGGCGUCGAGCAGUGACCGGCAGUUCGAGUCGGGGGUGAAGCUGGGGAAUGGACAGCUCUUCUCGGGGGUUUCCAUCAACACCUUCAAGCCGCCGGGUGGGAAUCAAAUGUAUCCCUUGACCAGCGGGACGCUUGCGAGGGACAAGAAUGCGACGUAUGCUGGGAACUACAGCGCUUGCGACUACGGGAGCUUAAGCGCGAGCAUGGUGAAGGGAAAGAUAGUGUAUUGCCUCGGGAGCUCUUCUCAAGACUACAACAUUAAAGGCAUCAACGGCGCAGGAGUCAUCUCAGCCGACCAUCUCUCCGACACUCCACUCCCAACCAUUAUACCGGGGACCGUCGUCGAUAUCAAUAAUGGCUUCAAAAUCGAUCACUACAUCAACUCCACCAGGUCCCCAACUGCUGUAAUAUACCCAUCAAGAGCUGUGAACAGUAGCAGUACGGCACCGUUUGUAACUUCCUUCUCAGCCAGGGGACCCAACCCCAUCAGCCUCAACAUCCUGAAGCCUGACCUGGCGGCGCCGGGAUUGAGCAUACUGGCGGCGUACACCAAGUAUGCAAGCAUGACGGGGCAGGAAGAGGACACGCGGGUGGUGGAGUACAACAUCGAAUCAGGAACAUCCAUGUCCUGCCCCCACGUCGCAGGUGCCGCUGCCUACGUCAAAACCUUCCACCCCAAUUGGUCGCCCGCUGCCAUCAAGUCUGCUCUCAUGACCACCGCGAGAGCAAUGAAGGUUAACCCGGUGGGUGCAUACUUAGCGUCAGGGUCCGGGCUUAUAAGGCCAGGGAAGGCAGUGAGCCCUGGGCUAGUUUACGACAUCGACAUGAACGCGUACGUGAGCUACCUGUGCAAAGAAGGGUUCAACUUCACGGGAAUGGACUCUGUGACAGGCAGCAGAAGCAACGGCAGCGGCUGCUCAAGCUACCCCGCGGCGCAAGGAUCUGAUGGCCUCAACUAUCCCACAAUGCAUCUUCAGCUCACAUCGCCCCACAACUCCACCUUCUCCGCCGUUUUUUACCGCACCGUAACAUACGUCGGCUCUGCUCCCACUGCUUUCAAGGCGUACGUCAAGUCUCCGCCCGGGGCCUCAUUCAACGUCGUUCCCAACAUCCUUUCGUUCCAGCACACCAAUCAGAAGAAGUCAUACAGAGUUGAAGUCAGGGGUAAGUUUCUUAGGCCUAAUUCGUGGUAUAGGGCGGGCUCGGUCGUAUGGAAGGACCCCACGCAUUGUGUUAAGAGCCCCGUCCUUGUUUACAGGCCAUUGCCUCCCCCUGCCUAAUUCAUUACGACGUACGUACUUGGCCGGACUUAUUCUCAUCUCUCAUGUAACUUGUUUGGACGACCAAUCGCUUUUAAUAAUAUUAUUAUACGGAGUAGUCCUUUAAUUUGUCCACAUUUGAUGAUCAAUACUAGCUCCAUGCUCAAAAG